AUGCUAAUGAUUACUACUAGUUGGAUUUUAUGGAAUAUACACAUUGUCGUCCCUAAGAUCUUAAGCCAAAGAUUUGUGCAGUUUUCUUCAAUAUUCCUUAAUGUAAAAGCUGUGGAUUUUCGCCUUCUGAGGGCUGUUGCUAUUGAACAUCCCACCGAUGCUGAUGCAGCAGUGCUUGAUGUUCUUACUGAGCUCCCUUCCUUGAACAGACGAUCAUUGUCUCUGGUUAGUCCUGCACAGGUUCUGCAUCGCACAGGUUCACCAGUUACAGUUGACCACAAGGAGAAGGGUAAAGCAUUGAUGUACCAGCAGGUAAUUAAGGAAGUAGAAGUUGGAUCUCUACCAGAACCAGAAACCGCAGCUGGUGAGGAUGGCAACAAAAAUGAUCAUCCAAGUGGUGCCUCUCAUGAUGAACCCACACCAAUGGAGGAAGUGCAUACAUUGCAUAAUGCCCCUGUCACGGCAGAUCCUUUGAGGAUACAUACUCAAAAUGAAGAACUGAUUUCUGAUGAAACGGGUUUGAAUUUUGAUGGCAAAGUUGGGCUUCAGCAGUCUCCAUCUUGCAAAUCCUUUGAGGAUACAUACUCAAAAUGA